GCGCACGCACGCACAUGAGCACGUCGACAACUUUGGACCGGCAGUCUUUAAAUGAACUGAGCCGAAGGAGGUUCUGACCCACCGGCGGAGACCGCGCUGCUAGUCGGUGUUUGUUUGUGUUUACUCCGCUGGACCUAAAACCAACAUGGCGAACGGACACGUGGAAAUCCACGACCCCUUCCUAAACCACCGCGACCCUAAAUCCACCUCGGAGGAGGACGGCAUGGAGGACUCGGUGGAGUACCGGCUCCUGAUGGCCUACGCCAAGAGGAGACGGCCUCAGGGGGAACCGGCUUCACGGGUCGGACCCGCUUCGAGCGAGUCGCCCUGCCUCCAGACGACGGACAGGACUGAGGAAGAGGAGGAGGGGGAGGAGAAGAGGAGGAGGAAGAAGAAGAAGAAGAGGAGACUGAGGAUGAAGGGAUGGAGACGGAACAUUUUCAGCUGCAUCAAACCUCGGACGGAAGACGGAGAACCGGGUCCGAUGAAGGCGGCGCUGCCCGGCGUCGACGACCGGUGUGGACGGAUCGAAGACGUUUCAGUUAAAGUAAACGAGGAGGAGGAGGAAGAGGAGGAGGAGGAGGAAGAGGGGGAGUUGAACGAGACUGCACUUAGACUGACGAAGAUCGCUGAUGAAAUGCCGUUCAUGCCUCCAGACGUGGAGACGGACUCGCCAGAAGAUGCGGAUGUAGACGUGAACGUGGAGAAGCUGAUCGGCCUUCUGUUGAGAGGCGCCGGAGACCGACUGAACGAGAAGGAGCUGAAGGACGCCGCCAUCUCCUCGGAGCUGUUCUGGAACUACGCUUUCUUCAAGCUGCUGAUGACGACGCUCCUCACCAGGAUGGGCCUCCGGAGCCGGCACCCCGACUCCCCGGGGCCCAAGGCCUCGCCCAAAACCCAGAUCGCCGUCACCUGUGAGGUCACCAGCCGCCUGUCGGCCGUGAACUCGCUGCCCAGGAACCGGCUGCUGGACCACGGGGCUCGAUACCUGCAGCAUUACUACUCGCCGUGGGCGCUGCGGCAGGGCGGAUACGACGAAGCCUUUUACAGCGACGACGAGGACGACGACCAGUGAGCAGAAAGAAGUCCGAGUUCCCCUCGAAGACUUCGGACACUUUUUAGUGCACGUGUGCACGUGUGCCCGACGAGGACCCGACGAGCAGUAACGUACAUUUAAAUGAGUUUCUUUUCCACACAUGAUUGCACUGCUCCGGUUUCUUUUGCGCCCGAGCCAACUUUCGUCUGUGAUUUUAUAAAAAAUAAAAUGUAUUAUUAUUGUUCAUAUUUCAGGGAAAUAUAGGGUAGCUGUAGUCAUUUUAAAAUCGGUACUAUUUGUGCUGGAGUUUGGUGAACAUAAUAUAUAUAUAUAUAUAAUUUUUUUUUUUUUUUUGUUUAUUUUUUAAAUUGUUGUGUGUGUGUGUGUGUGUGUGUGUGUGAGAGAAAAUGUUGCUACACGUAAAUGCAUUAAUGACUGUAAUAAAUUGUAUUCAUUGUAAUAAAAUAAAGUGUUUCUUUUUUUUUUUUUUUACAGAUUUUGUCCUGUUUGCUUUAAAUAUUCACUGUUUAUCAGUGCAGCAGAAAUAAAUAUACAUUGUGAAUAUAAACCAGUCAUUUGAUGGUGAAUAACAAUAAAUUAAGGACAUUUUUAAUUAAUUAAUUUGGCACAUUUAAGUACACGGCUGCAAAAGUAAAUAUUGGCCAUGUAUUGCUUUGUUAAAAUCACCUUCCGGUUUGUAUUCAUUAUGAUGGUCACAUCCCAUAAUUUCUGGAGAAUAAAGACAAUGCGUUUAAGGGAGAACAGCACCGCCUUGUGGUCAAAUGAAGACCUACCUUGUUUAUUUUCUUUCGACUAUUUAUUUUUCUAAUUACUUUCUCAAUGUUUUACCCAGCUUAUUUUAUUAUUUAUUUAGAAUAAUUCGG